UUCAGUUUCACCCGUGCGGUUGUCCGAGCAAGUCGUCCUCUCUCUAUUUUCUGUGUGUUUGCGAUCAAGACCUGCGCUACGAAUUCGAGUGCCCCCUCCCCAUUUUUCGCGCCCGCGUCCGUAACCUCGAGUGUUGUUGCGUUUCGGUUCGACUCUCGUGAUCGAGACGACUAACGAUCGUUUGGUUGGUCGGUUGUGGUUUAUUUUUGUCAGUUGAGGUGAACCGAGCUACGACUUCAAAAGCACCAAGUUCUGACAAAACCGUACAACAGACCUGUGGGAAAGGAGGUGGAUGCUUUGCAUACCCGUCCGUAGCUAACUAGACUGACCAAGUGAUUGUGAGUGAUUCCGGUUGUGCGCGUGUGAGUUUGUGUGACCGUGCGCGUGCCAAAACACUCCCACCUGUGCACGCGAGUUUGUGUUUUAUAAGGUGUGAAUUUGAUUACCGAUCUAUAGCGGGAUAAUCGAACCGGGGGUAGAACGAGGUAAUCAUGCCAAAUGCUAGUGCCAUGCGGGAACUACAGCUGAACGGAAGCGGCAGUAAAGAAGGGUAUAUGUCGCCACAGAACGGUACCGGCGGACAUCAUCAUGAAUUCAAUGGAAAUGGAAUGCUAAUGGGGAUGAAGUGCACCUGCAAGGGCUCCGAGAGUUCCGGUUCCAACGAUAGCAAUAACAACAAAGGUCACGAAAAAUGCACUUUCCAUCACGAUUUGGAGCUGGAUCACAAGCCGUCCACCCGGGAGGAUUUGCUGCCGCUGAUGUCCAGAUCGUACCGGAUGCUGCUGAGCAACCUGGGCGAGGAUCCCGACCGACAGGGCUUGCUGAAAACGCCGGAACGUGCCGCCAAGGCGAUGCUGUUUUUCACCAAAGGAUACGACCAAAGUUUGGAGGAGGCCCUCAACGGCGCCGUUUUCGACGAGGAUCACGACGAGAUGGUUUUGGUAAAGGACAUCGAAAUGUUCUCAAUGUGUGAGCAUCACUUGGUUCCGUUCUAUGGCAAGGUUUCGAUCGGGUAUUUGCCCUGCAAGAAGAUUCUCGGCCUCAGCAAAUUGGCCAGAAUUGUGGAAAUAUUCUCACGCCGACUGCAGGUCCAGGAGCGUUUGACCAAGCAGAUCGCGGUGGCCGUCACCCAGGCCGUUCAGCCCGCCGGAGUUGCCGUCAUCAUCGAAGGAGUACACAUGUGCAUGGUAAUGCGUGGCGUCCAGAAGAUCAACAGCAAAACGGUGACCUCCACCAUGUUGGGCGUGUUUCGUGAUGAUCCGAAGACGCGAGAGGAGUUCCUCACACUGUGCAACAAUAAGUAAAUCAAUCGGGAAUGGAACACACACUCAAAAAUAUUUUUUAAAAAUGAACUAAGCGCAACGGAAUCAAGGAUAACCGCGACAUUAACAUAUACAAUAUCAGAGAAUUUUAGGCUCAAAGUUUGUGUAAGUGUCCAAAAAAACAAAACUACUUUAUCACUGCGCUUGGUAAGCUGCAAUUGUUGUAUUUUGUGUAUAGAAGCUCGUAAGUGUAUAACAAUGAUAGAUAGCUCGUAAGAAUCACCAGAGGAUACAGAACAAUAGAAUCUAAGCGUGAAAUGUUGUUUUUUAAAUGUUUUAACUACAUGUUAACAGAGAGAGAUAGAGAGAGAUAAUACAUACUCAACGAAACAAAAUGAUAGAAUCUUUACACACUUUACGUGGGGCCAAACGGAAUUCACCUGAGAAGAACAAUCACAACCAAUAACAAUCAAGGGACAUUUUCGCAAUAAUCAUAGUGAGAUACGAUAUAUUUUGGAGAGCAACCAUUUUACUAGCCAAAUUGUUGUUGAACCGAAAAGUUUAUCUAUUGUUGAAAAGUUAAUAUUAAGGAUUAUGUUAGCUCAGACAAGACCGGAACAACAUUUAAUUUUUUUAUUUUUUGUAAUGAUAAUUUUUAAUUCUGAAUAAAUCAGUUAACAUCAACAUAUCCUUGAAAGUAUCAUAUUUAUUUGCAGGGAAUAUGAAUUAGCUUAUGUUAAAAUCGUUAAGUUAUAUGUACACAAUGCGCAUGAUAUCGAAAUAAAUGAACGUUAAAAAUACAUGCAAUUGCAUA